AUGGAGCUGACCCGCUACCGUCGCUUUGGCGAGGUAGUCUUGGUCUGUGCAGGGCUUUUGGUUGCCUUGAGCUUCCAUGGAGGCUUGCGCUCCUCUCUUGGGACCCUUCUGGGUCGGAACAGGGCCUUCGACCAACGAGGCAAUGGGACGCUGGAAUUCGGACCAAAGAGCGCCCCAAGAGCAGAGAGGCCAGUGGCCUCAAGCCACAAAGCCGCCGCGCUUUGGAACGGAACGGUGGCGUCGCAGCCAAAGCAAGAGCAAUCAAGGAACUUCUUGCAGCGGAAAGGCAACGAAAGCCUCAACAUGACCGAGGCUCCCUUUGCUGGAGAGAACGAGAACAGAUCCCGUCUCAAGCAUCUGUCUUCCCAGCUCCGGAGCUUCUUGGCGCCCAUCUUGAACGCAGAGAGGGGCCGUUGGCUGGAGCUUCGUGGCCACUGGAUCUGGCAGGAUUCGACUUUGAGGAUGUGGAACAGCUCUCGCAAGCGCCUGCGCUGGGAAAGUGGGAGUGGAAUGCCACCGACGGUUUGGUAUGGCAGCUCCUUUUUGCGGGAGCUGUACUUGGAGCAG